AUGGACACUGUCACCAUAAUGUUGGCUGUUAUGUUGGUAUCCGCGGCAGUCUUAGUAAUAUACAUCAUCAUCGAUGCACCAAGGUACAAUGCCGCCGCUGAGGCGGGACGCAAGCCAGAUCCAAAUGCCUCCAAGGCCUACAGCGAAGUCCCAAGUCCGCCGGCAGUGACAGAUCCCCGUAUAGUUUACUACUACUACUAUUACUACUCCUACUACUACGACCAUCACAAUCCGACUAACGGCCAGCCCGAUAGCGAAGCCCCAAAGCCUCCACCCGUGACAGAUCCCCGUAUAGUUGACUUCUACUACAACUGCUACUGCCACUACUACGACUACUACAAUCCAACUAACGGCCAGCGCGAUAGCGAAGCCCCAAAGCCUCCACCCGUGACAGAUCCAUCUAUAGUUUACUACUACCACUAUUACCACUCCUACUACUUUCGCUACCACGAGGAAAAUGGCACCAGUCGUUCGAGGCAUCCCAGGCAUAAAAAGAAGAGGCAUGCGUUUUCCAGUCGUCGUCCCAGGGCCUCUCUCUUGAAAUCGGUCUACAUGACGAGUUGGGCAUCGAGGAUACCUCGGCCGAUCAACCGGGCCAGCCUGCAUCGUCGGUCUCGGCCCAAGACUGUGACAUUCGGGGAGACACGAGUCGUUCUGAUUUAA